AGUCGGUCUCUUCGCGUGGCGCUGGUUCCGUCUAAAUUUGCAUAAAAAUUUGCUAAUUUUUUCCAAUAAAUUUAAUCUCUUUUGAAAAUGAAGUCCUUAUUGAUAUAUGCUUUAUUUAUUUGUAUUUUUACCACCUACGCGUAUGCCGGCACUGAUUAUUUAUGGGGUGAAAUUACUGAUAAAGAUUAUUUAAUUUCCAAAGAGACCGUAAGCAAGGCAUUUGUUGUGGGUCUCAGUGUUUCGAAGAAAUAUGUUUUCAAGCAGAAGGUAAAGGACAACCUCAAUGCGUUUACAAUCACUGCCAUUAAAGUGACCGAUAAGAAGAAGAGCGGCGCCACUGUGACUUUGGUCAGUGGCGGACUGGGUUCGAAAGGUGUUACGCUGCUCUUUAAAUCACAACGUGGUAAAAGCAUUAAGGAUGUAGUGGAGAUUUAUGGGCGUUGAGUGGAUUGAAAGUUGCUAAUUUGAUAUACAAAAUUGCGAAAAUUAAAACUUUUGCUGAAAAAUA